CAUAGAAGAAGAUUUAUGAAAACAGUGUAUACGUUGACAAUGGCGACAUUUUCUUUCCGGAGGUUCUCCAAUCGUCAAGUUUAUACCGUAGAACAGACAAAAUCAUACUUCGAAAUAAAACGUCACAUUGCCCAACUGACAAGUGUGACAUGGGAUCGUAUUGAUCUUGUUAGGGGCCCAUUUAUCGUUGAAAACAAAGAGGAUAUGACGUCACAGAGCGAAAUGGGAUUAAUUAUACAUCCGGUGGAACGACCAAUACCUGGCCAUUUGAGAAGUGUUUUGCCGGACGUGUUUGAGGGUGACAUGGCGGACGGACCGCGUGUGACGAUGUGUUGUGGUCAUGCCGUCACACCUGAAAACCUUUUUCGCUUUUGUCUCACGACUCUGAAGGGCGGUAUCGCCAUAUUUAGUUGCCAGAUUUGUCGAAAUAUAUGGACCUUGGAAGAAAUCACCAUCAAGGCUGUUUUGUCCGACGACGAAAGGAUGUUCUUCAAACAGCGAAUUAACGAAAUUACAACCACUGGUUGGCAUUUUAUUGACAAAGGAGCUACAAAUGACUUGCUACGAAACUGCGGUAGAAUCACCAUGGGCUAUGACAAUAUAGCGAAUGUUCCAAAUAUACGUGCAUGUCCAAAGUGCUUCCUGUUCAUAGAACACCGAGAAGGUUGCAAAACCAUGACGUGUUCUUGCGGUCACGUGUUCUGUUUUAGCUGUCUCAAGGGAGCAGUUGGAGGUUCAUUGCCCUGUGGUUCGUAUUCUUCCGGAUGCUCUGUCGCUCCUGUUCAGGAGAUUCUGUAA